CCCCAGCCCGGGUGGAGGCGCGUCCUGGGGGAUGGGGGGCGCAGCCCUCCUGCUCCUGCUCGCGGUGGCCGCGGCCCCGAGGGAGACCCGGGCGGGCCCCCACUCCCUGAGGGUUUUUCACACCGCGAUGACCCGGCCCGGCCUCGGGGAGCCCCGGUACAUCGCCGUGGGCUACGUGGACGACACGCAAUUCGGGCGGUUCGACAGCGACUCCCCGGGCCAGAGCGCGGAGCCGCGGGCGCCCUGGGCGGAGAGCUUGGGGCAGGAGGAGCGGGACGAGGAGACUUGGCACCAAAGGGACAACAUACUAUGGUACGGAGCGCAGCUGGACACCCUGCGCGGCCUCUACAACCAGAGCGAGACCGGCUCUCACACCCUCCAGAGGAUGUCUGGCUGCGACAUGGGGCCCGACGGGCGCCUCAUCCACGCGUACAGACAGUUCGCCUACGACGGCGCCGAUUACCUGGCCCUGAACGGGGACCUGCGCUCCUGGACCGCGGCGGACACGGCCGCUCAGAUCACCCGGCGCGAGUGGGAGGCCCGGGGUGAGGCAGAGAAAUUCAGGAACUAUGCGGAGGGCAAGUGCUUGAGGUGGCUGCGCACAUUCCUGGAGCACGGGAAGGAGACUCUGCAGCGCACGGAUCCCCCAAAAACACGCAUGACCCACCACCCCACCUCUGAGCAUGAGGUCACCCUGAGGUGCUGGGCCCUGGGCUUCUACCCUGCGGACAUCACCCUAACCUGGCAGCGAGAUGGGGAGGACCUGACCCAGGAGAUGGAGCUGGUGGAGACCAGGCCUGGGGGAGAUGGAACUUUCCAGAAGUGGGCGGCUAUGGUGGUGCCUUCUGGAGAGGAGCAGAGAUACACGUGCCAUGUGCAGCAUGAGGGGCUGCUGGAGCCCCAAGUCCUGAGAUGGGUGCCCCCUCCUCAGUCCUCCAUCCCUACCUUUGGCAUCAUUGCUGGCCUGGUUCUCCUUGGAGCUGUGCUCACUGGAGCUGCAGUGGCUGCAGCUGUGAUGUGGAGGAAGAAGCACUCAGGAUUAAAAGAUUCCUUUAGGUCUUCUGACCUGACUGCUCCCUGGUCUCACAUGAUGUUUCUUCCCACAGGAGGACAAGGAGGAAGCUACACUCAGGCUGCAGGCAACGACAGUGCCCAGGGCUCUGAUGUGUCUCUCAGCCCCUAAGGAUCUUUUACAAUGAACCCGAUGAGGCUCCUGUUGUGCACACCCUAGGCAGCAGGGCGAUGAUGUCACUGUUGUUCUUAACUGUGAUAUUGAGCAUUUGUUCAUAUUUUUACUUUUCUAUGACUACAGUUGCUGUUUGUAUGGAAGUUUUGUACAUUUUUAUAGAGGAAGUGCUAUUUAUUUAUUACACUAUUUUGUCCUUAUUAAUAUUAGGUUAUUUCUUUCUGAUCAUUGAGUUUUAGGCAUUAUGUGUAGAUACAGUCCUUUAUCAGAUUCGUGACUUGCAAAUGUUUCCCCCCCACACUGUGACCUGAACUCCUUUACUGAUGGGAAAACAAACACUAUUGCCCAGACAGGAGCAUGGAGAUUAAAAAAAACAUAG